AUGUAUGAUGAAUCUAGUGACAUGGCAGAAAAAAGAGGUUUCAUCGAUGAUACCUAUAGGAGGAAACGUCCACAUGACGGUAAACCCAUUACGAUGAUCGAAAGUUCGCCAAACGGCGAAUUUAUUGUUACAUAUAGUGAAAAAGAUAAUACGGUUGUCGGGUGGAAUGUUGGCAAUGAAGUAGGCAUUCUUGAGCCAAUCAAAGACAAGGAAGAUGAUUCGCACAUUAUACACAUUGAACACAACAAAGAGAAAAAGAUCGUUCGCAUGUGUGUCUCCAAUGAAAAGAUACUAGCGUAUAGCAACGUUGAAUACGGUUUACGUGUUAGUACUGAACUGAAAUCGGAAAAGGAAGGUAUACACGAAUAUUUGAAAAUUGUUGAUAUGGAUAAGAAUAAAAAAAAAGAGUUGUAUUUUAAAUAUUUUUUGGAUCUAUUUUAUUGCAGCUUUAACUCGAAGGAAGAAUUUAUUUUGUAUGGUGUUGAUGGUGAUAUUGACGAACAUAAUAUUAUCUGGGUCUAUUCAACGAAUGGAAACAGAUGGAAGUGUAAAAAGAUUUAUACGGUACCUAAAAUAUCAGAAUUAAUUAGCAUAUCAAAAUUUAACAAAAUUUGGCUACGCUCAGUUGAGCAUAUAAAUGAAUGGAAUAUUAAGUCUAAAGAAACUACGAUUAUCUCAACAAUCACACGCGGGAUUAAAACGCGAGAUAUUAGAAUUUCUGAUUAUGAUAAAUAUACUUGUAUAAAAAUAAUGAAUAAAGUCAUUGUUUAUUCAAAUGAUAUGGGGAUUCCUAUUCCUAUCGCGUCGCUGGACUUAAAUGAUGAGUCAAAACUGUAUAAGUUUAUGAAAAAUACCCCAGAAUUAAAUUGUUUGCUGUUGACUUUAAUUGAUCAUAAAUCGAACAAGAAAAUAUUGGAUUAUAUUACCACGCGCUGUCGGAAGAUUUGUAUAGAUCAAUUAAAUAAUAGUACCCUAUCAACAAAUGAAUACGUGGACGAAGAUUUGCCAAACUUUCCUUGCAUAUUUUAUCGUGAAUCAAAAGAUAAUGUUGAAUCAAAAGACACGGUUGAAUCAGAAGUCAUGGUUGAAUCAAAGAGCUACAUUUUUUUAGUUGUAGAAGGGUAUGUUUGGAAAUUUCAAUUUGACAAGAUUGUUACCGAUUUUUUAUUAGAGAUAAAAACAAAUGCUUAUGAUGAUGUGUUCGCAGAAAGUUGGAUGACAUAUUUUGAUCGUGAUGAUAGACACGAUAAAUUUGAAAAUCCAUUUAUUCAAGAUUUGAAUAUUGACAAAAAUGAAUUGCUUAGAGAAGGACAAAUACCUAAAAAAACUAUAAACCAUAAAUUUGAUGAUAAGGAUAUUAGAUUAGAAAUUUUCACCCUUAAAGAAUUUAUUGGAUUGCGCGUUAUUAACGUUAAAAAUGAUGAAAUUAUUUGCGAGCUAUCCAACAAGACCAAAUAUGAAAAAGAAGUAUUAGUGGUUGAAGAAAUUAAAAUAUUUAAAAACAAACACAUUGUCUUAUCAACAAACAUUGGCGUUUUUAUUUUCUAUCUAGAAAAAAACAAAUUAUCAUUGGAUUAUUUUCAAUACAUACACCAUCAACUGAAGAAACAAGUUAAACUCAAACGGUUGCAAAAUUUUAUGUUCUUCAAUACCCUUGUUGAUAAUAAAGAAUUUCCGAUUGAUGGAUGGGUUUCAUAUGUGAAUAAUGAUCGAGAAAAUUUUUUAAAAUAUGGAGCGGCUUUAUUAAUUUUUGCAAUUGAUGUGCAUGAUUUAAAAUUAGUUGAUGAUAUUUAUAAAAAAUGUUUGGAUUGUUUUAAACAAGAUUUAGAAAAUAAUAAGGCGUUUUUAACCGUCAUUAAUACUUCAAUGCCAUUUUUAAAGAAAAGUUAUCCUGAAUAUCUUUUAAGUUAUUAUUACGCUAAUGUCGAUGAAUCACGUAGAAAGGUUAAUGAGUUAAUUAAGAAUGAUGAAUGGAGACCCGAAGAAUUCCCAGAGAUGAAGAAAAACUUGUUAAAAAUCCUAGAUGUUCAAUAG